CCCUCGCUGGGGCCUCCCUGUCCGCGGGGCGGGGCAGCGCGCCUUCCUCUUCCUGGGCAGCCUCGGGACGGGGCGCCGCGGCCGGGCGGGCAGCAGUGAGUACCCGGGGGCCCACCUCUCCGGCCGCACUCUCCCCUCUCAAGAGCUGGGCGGUGGUGGGAGGAGGAGGACGGGAAAACCUGCGAUGCCUCUGGGGUUUCUAGGUCGCGCGUCUGUUAACCGCAAACCGCCCAAAGUUAAGAUAGAGCAGCUCCCAGGACUUUCUUGACUACAGCGAUUUUGAUUGAAGUUUAGCCACCGUCUUUUCCAUUUUUAGAAAAGCUAUUCCGAAGUUUGGAAUGUUGACGAUGGUCGUGUUAUUUUUAACUUCCUGAUAUUUGAACGGCCAGGUGUCAGCGACCAUCCUUCCGUUCCACAGAAGCGUCUCUGAAGUUUGGGUCGGAUGCGCGGGGAACCCGCGGCAGGCGCGGGGAGGAGGCCUUGGCUAGGGCGCCGGCGAGGUUCGAGUUUGCCAGCCCCCCAACCUGGAAGAGAAGGGCCAGCCCCUCACACCCGGAAGGGAAGGGCCAGUCCCCCCAACACCUGGCGCCGAGGUCGCGGGGUUGCAGGGCGAGCGCGGGGUCGCGGCGAGCACGAGUACGGGUCCUCUCUGAUCGCUGGGCCUCGGCGCUGGCUGCUGAGUUUUUCCUUCUUUAAGGAAAUGUGAAACUGGUCUCAAUCGGUUGACCACCGUAAGGAAAUGGGAUUUACACUGUGGACAGAGAUGUGUCCUUUUCACUUCAUUUGAACCAAUAUGCCCGUGCCCCCGUGGAGGCUGAGUUGGAAAGUGACACGAAGCUGCCCCCACAAGAGAGCAGGAAAACUUUAUUCUCAAGAGAUUUCUCAUUCCGCAGAAAUAAGGAUCUGGCAUGUCAACACAAACAUAGGAAGUUGAUGCAGUCAAAGGGAAAUAACUGCUGCCCUGACUCUGCUGAGAGCCUCACAAGUCCCUGUGCACGCCAGCUUAUUUGCCAUGAAUAACCCUAUACCUUCCAAUUUGAAAUCAGAAGCAAAAAAGGCUGCCAAAAUAUUAAGAGAAUUCACAGAAAUAACUUCCAGAAAUGGACCUGAUAAGAUCAUUCCUGCUCACGUAAUUGCAAAGGCUAAAGGCCUUGCAAUUCUGUCUGUGAUCAAAGCCGGGUUCCUGGUGACUGCCAGAGGAGGCAGCGGGAUUGUAGUGGCGCGCCUUCCAGAUGGAAAGUGGUCUGCACCCUCAGCCAUUGGGAUAGCUGGCCUUGGUGGGGGAUUUGAAAUAGGAAUUGAGGUAUCAGACUUGGUGAUAAUUCUGAAUUAUGACCGUGCUGUAGAAGCUUUUGCAAAAGGUGGAAAUCUAACCCUUGGAGGGAACUUGACUGUGGCGGUUGGGCCCUUGGGAAGGAACUUGGAAGGAAAUGUGGCCCUGAGAAACUCCGCUGCCGUCUUCACCUACUGCAAGUCGAGGGGACUCUUUGCAGGCGUGUCUUUAGAAGGGAGCUGUUUGAUUGAAAGGAAAGAAACUAAUAGAAAAUUUUAUUGUCAAGAUAUCCGAGCUUAUGACAUUUUAUUUGGAGAUACACCGCGGCCUGCUCAAGCCGAAGAUCUUUAUGAAAUUCUUGAUUCCUUUACUGAAAAGUAUGAAAAUGAAGGACAACGAAUCAAUGCAAGAAAAGCAGCAAGGGAGCAGAGGAAGUCUUCUGCUAAAGAAUUACCUGCAAAGCCAUUGUCAAGACCACUGCAGUCAUCUGCACCAGUCCAGCUGAACUCUGGCUCUCAAAGUAACAGAAAUGAAUAUAAGCUGUAUCCUGGACUUUCCAGCUAUCAUGAAAGAGUUGGCAAUUUGAAUCAACCCAUAGAAGUGACAGCGCUGUAUUCCUUUGAAGGACAGCAGCCUGGGGAUUUGAAUUUUCAAGCUGGAGACAGAAUCACAGUUAUAUCAAAAACAGAUUCACAUUUUGAUUGGUGGGAAGGAAAACUUCGAGGUCAAACUGGCAUUUUUCCAGCCAACUACGUAACCAUGAAUUAAAGCAUAUACUAUUUUCUUCUUUGAGAAUUACAAAAAAAUUAUUUCUACACUGACAGGAUUUACUAGUUAAGCAAUGUUUAAUAUAAAUUUUUAAAAACUUCUGUUCUACAAAAUUUCCAUUCAGUAUGUAAAAGAUUUUGUUUUUCUAUAUAGAAAGAGCUGACUGACAUAUCUUUAAAUACUUUGUACUAACUUUAUCACACUUGCUGUGUCAUAGAAUAUCAUACAAUUUAUGUGCUCAUAGUUCUUUUGUGAACACUUUCGAACAUCGCUAAGCAUUUGAUCUGGCCAUGUAUAUGGUAGCUAUAUUUUAAUUUGAGAAUCUUGAGGGUAGAGCCAUGAAUUUCAGUUCUUACAUUUCCAUUUGCAAAGUGACUAGAGAAAAAGAAAUCAGCUUAAAUGAGGUAUUAAGUAAUGUUUAGAGUUGUAGGUAUUAACUAGAAUAUAAAUCCUUAGAAAUCAUCUUUGUACCUUCAAAAAUUGUACUAUGCAUUUAUCAUAGAAAUAUGAUUACAAAGAAGUCUGACUACCAUGUCUUUAAACAUAUGGCAUCUCUCAACUUUUCUUCCUUAUGGGGCUACAUUUGUUCAUUUCCAGCAGUAGCAUAAACUUACGGUGACAUGGUAGACUUUUCUCUAAAUAAAAUUUUUAAAUAUUUACUAAGUUAAUAUUUCAA